GCUCUAAAACUUAAAGCAAUGCAAUACCUUGACUUUCAUAAUUGAUAAUGUCUCUCCAGAGACCAAAUGAUGAUAGAGGGGAUAGCUUUGUUGGAUCACCUAAAGACAACCAGGCUGAGGCUGAGAGUUCAAGUGCAGCACUAGAUCCUCUAAAGAUCAGGAAUCCUAAUGGUCAGCUGAUGGUGGAACAAGAUAAGCAGAAAAAAGGAAAUGAAAAUCAAACUAAUGAAAUUGGUUCUUCAAAUUUGCUAUCUGCUGGUGAAUCUUAUCGAUCAAUGGGAGAGAUUUUGUCCUCAAUGGAUCCAGGCCAUCCUGUACCUGCAUUGGGACUUGAGUCCUCCACUGAGAAGCCACUGGGUAAACCUAAGGUUCAUUCAAAGAGAACAUUCUGGGGACGGACAAUGUGAGUUAAUUUUUGAUGAUUUAUUAUCUAAUUGUGAGGACAUUCCAGAUUGUAUGCAUAAUGAUAUAGGACACAAUGCAUCAAUUGAUAGGAGGCGCAGUUUAAAGUUCAACUAAUUUAAGAAUCUGCUUAUGUGGACCUUUCUGAAUGUGGCAAUAGACUUCAGAUGGUUACAAGAUUUUUGGGCACUCAAUAUUUGGCUUGAAUUUCUGCAUAGGAAAAGUUUAACUGCCAACCUAUAAUCUUGUGAUUCAUCACAAACUUUGUUCAACGUUAAUUCUCUACUCAUCUGAAAACAUCUCUGUAACUUAAACUUUGUUAUUCAUUGUGUGUGGAGAUACAUAUGCUUUAUUAGAUUCAAGGAUGUAAAUGUUAGAUGUUCUACUUGGAGUUUAGAUACUUAUAUGCUUUAGUAUUCAUUGUGUGUGUAAAAUCAUUCUCACAAUGAAUCCUCCUUUGACUUUUUCUUAUACAGGCCAGGAAGACACCUUCAACAGAAUCGGUUGAUUCUUCUGGAGAAGAAGAGUAAGAUACUCUCAUUAGAUGUGUUCUUGUUUAAAAUGUUAAUACAUGCACUUUUGAAAUGUUUGUUCUUGCUUUAUGUGUUUGCUUUCUGACACUGUUAUUUUUUAAUAAGAACCUUGUCAUUUUUUUUUUCAUAUGAAGGAAAUUUCUUCUUUUUCUUCUUAUUCCUAAUUUUUGGUGUUACUUUGGAAGAGGGUAUAUUUUCAGAUCUCUUUAAUAACUUCCUCUGUAGAGAGGGAGAGGUUUGAAUGAUUGAAUACAAUUAAAUGUAUGGUUGCCUGGGUAUUUGCUGCCAUCAACUGUUAUUGCAUUUGAUUGUUGGAAGGAUGAACUUUGAUCUCUUUUAGCAUUCUUUGGAUAAACUGACUAGAUUCUU